GGCCCGGAGGAGGAGGAGGAAGAAGAGGAGGAGGGAUGAGGAAGCCGCUGCCGCCUUUGCAUCCGUGACGGGGGCCUGGAGAGCCCGGGCUUGGGACGGCCCCUUUCCCACCGCCGGCGCACAGGCGCUGCUCGCCCGGGGGAAGGGCCAGGAGGAGGAAGAGGAGGAGGAGGAGGUGGACGGCGGUGCUGUGUGUGAGAGAGCGUGGAGAUGAGCUCAGCUCUGUGCCCUGGAGCCGCCUGAGGAGACCCGGCUGCCUCCCAGCCUCCCUCGCCGCCGCCGCCAUGGCUCACUCCCCCGUGCAGGCGGGGCUGCCGGGGAUGCAGACUCUGAAGGCAGAUCCAGAAGAACUGUUUACGAAACUGGAGAGAAUUGGUAAGGGGUCUUUUGGUGAAGUUUUUAAAGGAAUUGACAAUCGGACUCAGAAAGUUGUUGCUAUAAAAAUUAUUGACCUAGAAGAAGCAGAAGAUGAAAUAGAAGACAUCCAACAAGAAAUCACGGUGUUGAGUCAGUGUGACAGUCCAUAUGUAACUAAAUAUUAUGGAUCCUAUUUAAAGGAUACAAAAUUAUGGAUAAUAAUGGAAUAUCUGGGUGGAGGCUCUGCCCUUGAUCUAUUAGAGCCUGGCUCACUUGAUGAAACUCAAAUUGCUACAAUAUUGAGGGAGAUACUCAAAGGACUCGAUUACUUGCAUUCGGAAAAGAAAAUCCACAGAGAUAUUAAAGCUGCUAAUGUAUUGCUGUCUGAGCAAGGGGAAGUAAAACUGGCAGAUUUUGGAGUAGCUGGGCAGCUAACAGACACACAGAUAAAGAGGAAUACCUUUGUGGGAACACCAUUUUGGAUGGCACCUGAAGUAAUAAAGCAAUCAGCAUAUGAUUCAAAGGCAGAUAUCUGGUCAUUAGGCAUAACAGCCAUAGAACUUGCAAAAGGAGAGCCACCUCAUUCAGAAUUACAUCCAAUGAAAGUUUUGUUCCUCAUUCCUAAGAACAAUCCACCAACGCUGGAAGGAAACUUCAGUAAAUCCCUCAAAGAAUUUGUCGAGGCCUGCUUAAACAAGGACCCAAGCUUUAGACCUACUGCAAAAGAGCUUUUAAAACAUAAGUUCAUUUUACGAAACUCCAAGAAAACAUCUUACUUGGCUGACCUCAUUGACAGGCAUAAGAGGUGGAAGUCUGAGCAAAGUCAUGACGACUCCAGUUCUGAUGACUCGGAUACUGAAGCAGAUGGUCAAGCUUCAGGUGGGAGUGACUCAGAAGAGUGGAUCUUUACAAUAAGAGAAAAAGACCCCAAGAAUCUAGAGAAUGGAGCAGCCCAGCCUUUGGAAUUGCAAAGAAAUAAGGAAAAGGAUAUCCCAAAGAGGCCUCUAUCCCAAUGCCUGUCUACAAUUAUAUCCCCUUUAUUUGCAGAGUUGAAAGAGAAGAGUGAGGUGUGUGGUGGUAACACAGAUUCCAUAGAAGAACUGAGAAAGGCAGUUUAUUUAGCUGAGGAGGCUUGUCCAGGCAUUGCAGAUACCAUGGUGUCACACCUUGUGCAGAGGCUUCAGAGAUAUUCCCUAGCUGGAGGAAGUUCUUCAUCCUACUGACAUACUCUUCCUUCCUGGCUUUCCCAAGACAGCAGAGAUCCCAUGGUGUCUGCAUUGAAGGCGUGCACCCUAAUGCUGUUCUGCCUCUCAGUCUCUGGAAAGUCCUUGGGAGGAAGGACAUUCUAAGAGUGAAAAUGAAGUCUCUUGGAUGGAGGCAAUCUUUUUCAGCUCCUUAAAGCUAUAAUUUUUUAAGAUGAUAAUUCACAUAUUCCAGGGAGGUGUCCUUUUGUAAAAUCUGAAAUGUAUAUUUAGGUUUGUGAUAGAGAAAUUGAAGAUAUUGAGAAACCUCAGGUAUCUUGCUUUAAGAAUUCCACUGAGAGAUGGAGCAUGGUUGUUGGUAUUGUGUACAGAUAUGUAUAUAAUGUCUUUUUUAAAAGAAAGCCUUUCAAUGUGCAUAAGGAAUCACUGUGUACAAAAUGGUAAAGUGCUUUUGUAGAUAAUGUUAGUGGGGUAAACAUUUGACAGGCCAUAACUGAGUAUUGCCUUGCCUUUAUUACAUGUAAAGUUUGAAAUAUGUGAUAAGUGAAUCUCGAUUAGAUUUUUGUAUGUGAAGUAUUUGCCAUUGAAAGAGUUAAUCCUGUAUUAUAGAACCUUCUAUUUGUACCUCAGCACAGACACAAUUUUAUUCUGUUUCUUUAGCAUUUCUUUCUUUUUACUUAUAUUCUGAGCCUCACUUUCUAUUUAUGGUACUACUUCUAUUUGUUUUAAAUUUCAUACACCUGGUCUCUCAAAGCUUUAAAUUUAAAUUAUUGUCUUUCCUAGAGUUCUUUCAUAUCUUCAGUUUCAAACUGUGCCAAUGCAAAUUCUGAAAUAGUUCAGUUUUAGUAACAGAUAUUUGUGAAGUUCAUGAAAUUCAGACACAGUCUUUUUUCACCUGAACAUGUUUAAAUGCUCACAGAAAUCUUUAUUCCCUUCAUUUAUUCUGAAAUAUCUCCUUAAGGUGUAGAUUCUGAGACAGUUCCAAGUAUUUCUUUAUCAUGCCUAUUUUUAUCAUUAAAAGAAAUGUCUUUCAGCAUACAAGAAAAGUUAUCCAUAGGUUUAGUAUUUGGUUUUGCUGCCUAGAUCUGUGCAUCUCUUUAGCAAAAUGGAUAGAUGUAGGGCAGAGAGACUGCAAAACAGCCCGGCUGCUGGGUCCUGCUGCUUGCCUCUCCAGAGAAAAGUUACUUCUUGAAAUUCUGAAUUUUAAAAUUUCCACUAUUCCUGUGAGGGCUUCUAGACAGCUGACUUCAGGUGUCACAGAUCUUGGAAACAGUAAUACUAGUUCAUUAGUUGGAUGCACAGUUGAUCAGGUAGCUGCUAUUCCCCCCCCGCCCCUGUAUUACUCUGAGGUUUACCUUGGUUGGUUUCACCAAGACUAUAUUCAGGUUCUUCUUAUUCCAGUAGCUAAGAGAGCAUUUUUGCCUUCUUUUAAUGAAGCAAUUGAUGACUUUAUGCUUUGCAUGACUGUGAGGUAACUUAUAUAUUAACUUUAAAAAAAAUAUAGAUGGGAGCUUUGGAACAGAAAGGAUUAACAUUUAAAACACAGGCAUAUCUGCCUGCCUUGGUACAAGAAACCCAGGUACUCUAACCAUUGUGGAAGCUGGUGAGGUCUCCUUCCAGGACUUCUAUCACCAUGGUAGCCCUUAGUCUAUGCAUAUUACUAGCCUUAAUUUAUUAAUUUAAGAAUUUAACAGUAAGAGGACACUGUCUUGCUAACAGAGCUAAUAAACUUCUGCCCAGGUUGAAACAACAGUUGGAAGAAAUGUGGGUGUGUGUUCAUCUUGUGGCCAUGCUUUCAGGCAUUACUCAUUUGCCAGCCUAAUUAGGUGAUGUGUUACCUUUAUGGCUAAGGGAAUUUAAAAUAAAUUGAACAAUUCUAAAAGUUUGAGCAAUGUUUCACAACUCCAGUUUGAUUAUUAUUUUUAAUUAUGUUGUUUAGUGUGCUCUUAAGUGUUAUGGAUAGGCUCACUUUUGAGGAAAUAAAUUUAGUACUGCUUUUGUGAAAUGGGCAUCAUAAUGCAGUGCAAUGGAAAUUUACCUGUUGAUGUCUCAAUAGGAGAACAUUUAGCCUUGAACAGAUCCCUGUGCUUUGACUGCAUAAGGAAAUCAACAGGUGUGUUUGCACUGGAAAUAUAAAUUGAUCAGUGUAAGCUGUUCCCUUGUCAUCUAUUAAUGUAAGGACUGGAAAUUAAAGUGAGCUUACUUGACGAUGCACAGAACUUCUGAGACUUAGUGGGGAAGUUAAACUUAAGCUGCUGGCUUGAAUGUCAAGAAUUUAUCAAUCAGAAAGUUGAAUUAAGUUCUAAGCUACACUCUUUGAACACUCGUUUGAAAAGUUAUAUAUAUGUGUUUUGAGUUGCAUUUUAGUUGUGUUCCAGGACUGUAUGUUGAGGAAGUACUUGUCUGAGUAGAUAGUGGCAGAAUUUGCUUGAUGAAUGUGUCAGAGCUUAAGAUGAAUGAGACUUGUGUUGAGGGCAGGUGGCCAAAAGGCUUGGGCAUUUAGAAGAAGACAAGACCUCAUUUAUGGUAGAGAUGUGUAUUUUUAUAUGUAAUAUACAGAUUAUUUAAAUAUAGACUAUCUUAAACUGAGAUUCACUGAAAAAAGAAGCGUGCUGUAUCUUGAAUGUAGAAGUACAAUCAUUUGCUAUUAAAAAGUAUUGAUGCUUUAAAAAUCAGGUCUGUAUCAGUUAUAGAAGAGGAGCUUCAUUUGAAAGAAGCACCACCUCAGUUUCUCAGAGGAAAAGAAGUGUAUUGAUAUUUUUGGAGAGGUUUUUUUCAUGCUUAAAACAUGUCUGUGUUACAAUGUUGCACUGAUGAUUUUUCUGUGCAGGUAGUACUUCACUCAGUCUUGACUAUACUAAAUGAUAAGCUAUCCCUAUUUAUGCAAACCUUUAAAUUAGUAGAACUGCUUAUUUGUCAGGGAUUUCAUGAUUAGGCAGUAAAUAAACUCACUGUUUAAAAACAAUAAAAUCAGUUAUUUGAACUGAAGGCUUGCUUUUUUGUAACUCUCAGAUAUAUUUUUUUACCUUACCUUUCCCUGCAGUUGCACUUUGUAGUUGCUGACCAGUUUACUGAAGGAUGAUGUGCCAGGGCACAGAACACUUUUGGUGUAGUGACAAAGCAGUGAUUUCACUCUGCAGUGCCAUGGUUCCUUUGCAGCUCCAUCACUGUGUGUGAGCAUGUGGGAACAGAAGAGAAACUGGUCUUUGUGGAAUGCCCUAACUGGGGUGCUGUGCCCCCGCUGUGCAAGAGGGGCAGGUGGAGGGGGAAGCUGAGGCUGGCUGUGUUGGCACCUCACUGCGAAGCAGCUGGCUCAGUGUGAGUUCCCAUCCUCUGUACCCUGGUUCCCCAUCAUCUGCCUCUUCAUGUGCUUUUAAUGUAGCUGGGCAAUGUGUUCUUUAGCUCUGACUACUUCAUGUGAUGUUCUGUAUUACUUUUUAAACUGCGUGGUACCAGUAGUAGUUUUACAGUAACCUGACUUUGAAGGAAAUGUGUUUUGCCUUCAAAAAUGUCACCAGUGGAAGAUUAUCCAGAGUGUGCAUAAGCACAGGUAUCAUGCAAGGAUCAGGACAAUUCCAAAUGGGUUUUGUAGGCUGCUGAGGAGGAGCUGAAGGUAUAGCCCAAAUGUGCUUCCUGUUUUUAACUGUGUUUGCAGAUGUGCUGGCAACUGCACUGAGCACAUGCCAUGGACAAAUCGUAUGCAAGGGUUUCCUGCCACCUGUAAGGCAUGAGUACAGAGGACCAUGAAAGUGUGUGUCUUAUUUUCUGUAAUGUUGCUGCCUGUUUACAGCCGUGUAUUUAAAUUUUACUUUGGUUACUCUACACCAACACAGUAAAUCUCCUUGUAAAAUACAUGACCUGGAAAUAAAGAAGGAAAAGUUUCAUGAAAUGUUGCCACCUGAGUGGUCAGUGAGAUGGGAUUCAGGGCCCCUUCCCUGGAGGGGAUGCUCUGUGGGAGUUAUUACCCACGUGUCAGUAAUGAUAUGCAGAAAGGUUGUUAAACAGUGGUGGGUUUUUAAUGGCAAUCAGCUCAGAAUUUGUAGCACUUGGAGAUGGCAGUGAUUUAAAACCCAUCCUGCCAGCCCCGUGAAACUGAUUAAGUGCUCACAACAAACUGUAUGGAUUGCACCUUUACCUGGUGACAAACUGUGUGACAGCUGCACUCCUGUAGGUGUACUUCAUUACUAUUUUCUGCUGCUAAAAACUGUAUGUGUGGCACAUUGCCCAUUAUUUUGUUCCCUACCAGCUUUCCUAUGCCCCAGGGCAGAGGCAGAAUCCAUGUGCAACUGGAGUUGUGCAUCUGCCUGCAUGUAGGUAAUUGUGCUUUUGAGGGCUAAGACCAUGUAAUUGGUUGUAUAUAAAAAGAAAGAAUGGGCAAAAUUUGGCUUUUCAGGUCUUUCUUGAUCCUCUUUCUUGUUCUUGGCUGAUGGAAUGGCAGGCUAUUACACCUGAUUUUGUCUCUAAAACAAAUUUUUCUUCCUCUUUAGUCAGAGACUUUUAUCAAGAUUUCUGCAAUCACAGCAUGUUUUCCCCUACCUGCUGACUUGUCUUUCAGUCUGUCAUUUUUGUCUUGUUUCAGCUGAAUUUACAAAGGCAUUAAGGUGUCAGUGUUGUUCAAAUAAAAUGCUCGAAAAGAUGUAGGUUUGAGGUAUAUUAUCAAACACAUCUUAGCAGAGGUUAAAUUAGACAGCAGAUAAAUGGUAGAGAUGCUUAAUCUUGUUGAAAAAACCACAGGAGUCCAGGCUUUUUUGAUCCCUUUGCCUGUGGUGCUACCUCCUGAGGCAACGAAGUCCCUGUUUUGUUUUUAUUUGUCCAUUAUUGGAAACUGGCAACUAUUUCAUGGUGAGUAAUAACAACACCAGCAGCAAAUCUCCUGGAGUGCCUCAUCUGAGGCUUUCCUGCAGCUGAGAGAGAUGUGUGUAGUGAUAGCUCCUGACCUGGCACACAGUGACCCUCCCUCUCUGCAGGCCCUGCCUGGCUGAACAGGCACUGCUGUGAUGUGAAUCAGGAUUAAAAAUAAGUGGUUGUACAUUACAGCUUUAUAGUACAUUUGAGUUUUAUUCACACACAUAGGCUCUGCCUGUUUCCAAGAUAGGAGCAUCAAGACAAUUGAUUUUACUCUGUUGCUAUCAUUUCAGUUUUGGGUUAACUCUGGGAAUAGACACCUAGAAAAAUGCUGACAGGUGGCAGCAGUUCAAAUGGUUCUAUUUUAAAAAGAAAUUAAAAAUCACACUAGUAGAAAAGAAAAAAAAUCUUGUGUUAAAUUUUAAUAGGAAAAAUAAUACAAAAAGGUGAAAAUGGUGAUCGGGGGGUAGUCUGAAAGCUGCACCCACAGCCUAACUUGGUCUCUGCCAUUAACAAUAUCACUGUAUUUUGGUCUUUGCCUUAUUUUCUAAAUUCACCUUGUGUAAAAAUGAAACUUAAUGAGAAAAGGUGUUGCUUGAUUUCUUUGGAGAGCUCAGAAUAAACUACUGCAGCAGAUAGCAGUUAAUGAACAUUCUAUCCAACAAGCCCCAGGCUUCUAAAUUAAAAUUCAGUUUUGGCUGAAUUGAGGGUAUGGCCCUCAAUCUAAUUUCCAUUUUAAAAAAGCCCUUCACUGUUAUAGAUAACAAUUCUAAAGGGAAGAGGCAGGGCCCUGUCUUGUAAGGUACUAUUUUACCACUCAAUAAUAAUCAUCAUUUUUGGCAGGACCAAGUCUGCAGCAUUUUACUUCAUAGCAACAUCAAGUGCUGUUGCUUUUUCAGCAUUGUUUCUCCAGACCAGUAUGGCUGCAGCUGAGUUGUUGUUCACCUGUGCUGUGUUAUUUCCUCUUCUCCUCACUACAGAGAUCAUUGCUCGUAUUCCUGGUCAGUCCUGAAGCACUGGAAUUCCUGUAUGUUACUACAGGGCAGGGUCACAGGCUCGGAAUGGACAAGGCAGUGGGACCUGCAGCUGAGAAAAUGGGCUUCAGAUUUUCCUACCUACUUUCCAAGUUUGUCCUUUAGCAUGUCUUAGCCAGAGGCAGUGCUCCAGGGUAGGUGUGGUUAUUGCACAGGUACAGAGAGCCAGGGGCAUCAGCUGAGGAAAAGAGCAAGUGCAGCACUCUACCUGCCCAGGGGGGUGAAGGUCUCCCUGCAGCUGAAGGAAAUGCUCAGAAAAGAGUUUCCCUUUGUCAGGGUGUGCUUGGA